AUGGGCCUGAUUUGGCUCCUGCUUCUCAGCCUCCUGGAGCCCGGCUGGCCCGCCGCGGGCCCCGGGGCGCGGCUGCGGCGCGAUGCGGGAGGCCGCGGCGGCGUCUACGAGCACCUCGGCGGGGCGCCCAGGCGCCGCAAACUCUACUGCGCCACCAAGUACCACCUCCAGCUACACCCAAACGGCCGCGUCAACGGCAGCCUGGAGAACAGCGCUUACAGUAUCCUGGAGAUAACGGCAGUGGAGGUGGGCAUUGUGGCCAUCAAGGGCCUCUUCUCCGGGCGGUACCUGGCCAUGAACGAGCGGGGCCGGCUCUACGCUUCGGAACACUACAGCGCGGAGUGCGAGUUCGUGGAGCGGAUCCACGAGCUGGGCUACAACACGUACGCCUCGCGGCUGUACCGGACGCUGCCCGGCGGGCCCGGGGCGCGGCGGCAGCCGGGUGCUGAGAGACUGUGGUACGUGUCGGUGAACGGCAAAGGCCGGCCCCGCAGGGGCUUCAAGACGCGCCGCACGCAGAAGUCCUCGCUGUUCCUGCCCCGUGUGCUGGACCACAAGGACCACGAGAUGCUGCGGCUGCUCCAGAGCGGGGCCGGGCUCCGCGGCGGGCCGCCGGGCAAGGCCGCCCAGCCCCGGCGGCGGCGACAGCGGCAGAGGCACCGUGUAGACCCCCGGCCUGAUGGAAGGGGGGCCUGA